AAUGAUGAUAUAAGACAAUCAGUAUAUCAAAGACAUAAUAUUAAGGAAAUAACAGAAGAAGAAGAACAACAAAUACAAGUAAUAAUAGAAAAUCAAUAUCAAACAACAGAAUCAGAAAUGGAAUAUGAAAAGGAUAAACAAAUAGUAAUCCAAGAAUCAGAUAAUGAAGAAGAAUUACCUUUUUAUACAAAACAAGGGAAUUCAAGUAAACCAUUUAGAACAUUCAAUACAGAAACAACAAGUUUUGGAAAACUAUUUGGUUUAAUACCUAAUAAAUUUAAUAUAAAUAUAUCUCCAUUUAGACAAUCAAAACCAUUGACAGAAUUUGAAAAAACAGAAAUUGAAGAAUUUGAAAUAUUUGAAGAACCUUGGAUAAAUAAACCUUUAGAAAUAAAAUCACCAUCAAUUAAACCAAAAGAAAAAACCCCAGUAAAAGAUAUCAAUACAAAAAAGAAAAUGACUGACAUUGUAGAAGCAGAAAGAUUAAAUAAGGAUGCACAGGAUGAUAUAGAUAAAUGGAAUAAUCAAUCAUUUGAACUAAUAAGAGCAAGUAUUGGAACUAUACCAAUAUUUGAUGGAA